AUGAGGACCAAGAACUGCCCUACAGGCAGCAUGUUCUCUGUCGACGUGGGCGCCGAAGUCACCAAAGACAAUCAACUUGUCCCCCUUCGGUACAGUUGCCAGGAGGUCCUGCAGGUCCUUGUAGAAUUUGCUCCUUGCGGCGUCAAGUUUGGUUAACGGCGGAACGUAGACACGGGCGAUGGUGGCGAAUUUGACUCCCUGCAGAUGCAGUCGGUGGCUCAUCAGGCGGUCAUGGAUGUCAUGUGGCAGACAGGACAGUCGUCCCAAGAUGUCGUUCCGGAUGGCAAAGGCGACGCCCGCGUCCCGUCGUUCUGCUUUGGGACGAUCGCUUCAGAAGAAGGUGUAGCCGACACUCAUCUCCUUCGGUUGGCCUUGUUCGGAAAAGCGAGUCCUGCUGAGUGAAGCGAUGUCCAUCUUAUAACGCGCCAAUUCCCAGGCCCUUGGCGCCUUCCUUCGUUCUGAUCGGUUGCUCCUGUGAUUGUCUAGAAGCAAGCGAACAUUCCAGGAUACCAGAGUCUGGCGAUUAGGGCGGUGGGGAGGAGGAGAAGAAGAAGAAGAAGAAGAAGAAGAAGAAGAAGAAGAAGAAGAAGAAGAAGAAGAAGAAGAAGAAGAAGAAGAAGAAGAAGAAGAAGAAGAAGAAGAAGAAGAAGAAGAAGAAGGAAAAGAGACAGUGUUGUUUCGAUUUUGAAUGUUUUACGUUUGCAACCACGGCCAGCCUGUAG